AUUUUGUUUGUAAAACUAUUUAUUAAAUUUAUUUUCAAAAAUAAUAAAGGGUGUUAUAGGAAAAUAUGACACAAAAUAUAGAUUAGUCUAAAGGGACAUAGUUACCAUUUUUUUGCUUUAAAAAAAACAGUUUUCCCUUUUUUGUUUUAGGCGAAUCUUUUGUUGUAGUCUCAUCCUCAAUAAAAGCUGAGUGUAUUGUUAGUCUUUUUCUUGAUUGAGUUUGGAUUAGGAAAACUUCUAAUUAUUGAUCAGAUCCUCCUCAAAGUAACUCUCUAUGCUUUUACUCCAAUAUCAUCUCUCUCGAGUUGAAAAUAGUUAUCUUAAUCGACUAAUAGCGCGCAUGUUCAAAUGUAAAUUUUUAGUGGAGCCUGGAUAUUUUCGAGAUAUGAUUUACAGGAAACAUGGAUGAACUUUGUAAGAUCGUUGAUGAGAUUUGAAGAUGAGUGAGGAAGGUGACCGUAGUGAGCUGCUCAGUUUGCAUUAGAAUAUGGCGAGGAACCAAGCUUCAUUUUGACAGACAACAUAAAUACAUGAGGCAUAUGGCGGAGGAGUCAAAGGAGAUGAAGUUUUCACAGUGAUCAGAAGCUUUGUUCGUGCAUGAAGAACACAUAUUGGGUCUUGCUUUAUAAACCUGAUGUUUAUAUCUGUAAUGGUCCAUUGGGCUUUUCCUUGAUGGAAGUUCGCCGACAAAAGAUAUUUUUAUUGUUUUUGUUUUCAUUUUAUAAAAGAUAACUGCAAUUGAUUCAUAAUAAAUAUCAUUUUUGACAUAUUUUCUAUAUAAAAUAUCACUGUAGAAAUUCAAUAUAGUUUUAUUUAUUUUGUAGUUAAUAUUCACUGCAAAAUCAUUAAUUUUCUAUAAUUUUAUUUCACCAGUGGAAAUCUCAGCUAUAGCCACGAAAUAACUACGAAAAUUCGUGGAGAAGCCAAAAAAUAAUACAAAAUACCACAAAAUUAAAAAUGUAGCAAAUUUACAAAGCUAAGAAAAUACUACAAAAAAACCAUGAUUUAGAGCCUGACUGGUUUAAAACGCAGCGGUUGUGGUUGUGGGUACGGAAGUUUGCGGAUGCGAGUGGUUGCGGUUUAUGGCAUUAUUAAGCGUUUUGUAUGACUGGUAUAAUGUUUAAAAAUUAUUGCGUUUACAGAUCAUUUUGACUGGUUUAUCCACCCACAGAUACACCAAUUAAUUAAUAAAAUAUAUUUAAAAGAAAAAAAUAUUAUUAAACUGAUAAAUUUAAAAUCCAACGGCGAAAUAAUAAUUAAUAAUUAAAAACAUAUAUAUAAUCAUAUACUGGUGAUUUAGAGAAUUUAAACAAUAAAACAUAAAUCAUAAAACAACAAAACUGUUUAGGGUUGCAUGAUUUCAAUGGAUUGCAACAAAUUAGGGUUAACGUGAUUGUUAAAUAUAUGUAUAUAACGUUGCCUAAAAAAUAAAAUAAAGUAGUUGUACGUGAUUGUGAUUAGUGAUAUAUGAAAUCCAAAUCUAAUUUUUUUUAUCCAACCGCAACCGCCCGCAACCGCAAACACUUGCGGGAAGGAGCUUUUGAUUUUGAACGGUACAAAGUGGUUCGAAGCGGUACAAAGCUAGCGGUUUUAUGUGAUUGUUUUGAAACGCCAUAAACUGCUACCAACCGCAAAAACUGUUUUUACGGGUGAUAACGGGGAAACCAGUCAACUCCUUAGUCACAAAUUUGUUUGGUAGCUAUUUAUAAAACAUUCACGGUUUUGCCUUGAAUUUUUGGUAACUAUUUGGAACCCUAAAUCUUAAACGAACUUUUAAACCCCAAACUCUAAAGAAAAACCUUAAUAAUUUAAUAUUUUCAUACUUUAACUUUAAAUCUGAAAAUGAAACUCAAAAUUUAAUCUUUUAUUAAUCUUACUGUAACGCUUAAACACAAAAUUGAAAUCUUCAAUCAAGACUUAUACCUUAAACCUUAAACUUAAAACAUAAACCAUGCAUCCAAACUCUAAAUAAAAUUUAAAUAUAAAUUUUUAAAAAUUUAACCACAAAUCUUAAACUUAGUUUUCAAAACUAAUAUUUUAACUUUAACCCAAAAUCUUAAAUCUAAACCCUAAAUCUCAUAUUCCGACCUCAUAUUAAAUCACAAAACUAAACAUUACAAUUAAUCAUUAAAAAUAAUUAUAAACCAUAAACUCUAAAUUUUAAAUUUCCAACUUUUGUAACCAUAACAUUAAUUUCUUUAAAUUUACACUUCAUUUAUAAGACUAAAAUACAUAAAUAAUUAAAAACAUUGAAUUUUAAAUGUUAAGUAGUAAAAUUGUCUCUCAUUAGUCACUAGGAUAACAAGGAUCAACAUUUUGCACCAUUGAUAGAGAUCUAAUGGAUCUAAAUUAGCUAAUAUUUCUUUAUUUUAUUAUUUUAUUAACUUUCUUUAUACAUGCAUAAAUUUGACUUUUACAUAGAACACUUCUAGAGAAUUCUGAUAUGAGUAGAUUUCUAAAAAAAUCUUUUUAUUAUCGUAAGAAGUUUGCAUAGGUUAAUUUUUCGAUUGACCAUGUUUAACCUUUUAAAAACAGUCUUUUGGAGAAGUAUACUAUGAGAAGACUUCCUAAGACUUCUGCUUACAAAACAAAGGGAUCAACCAAAAUCUCAAACAAAAAAAUAGAGAAAACUUCUCGAGAAGUGAUAUGAUUCUGGAGCUGACUAGGAUCUUAUCAAGAAGUCUCCUCAUGGUAGAUUUUUCUGAAAGUUUUCUCAUAGUAGACUUUUCUAGAAGUCUUUUAUGAAAAGUCAAAUUUCUGCAAGAUUUCGGUCAGUUACCAAACUAACCUCGCUUUUACAAAGACUUCUCAAGAAGUCAACUCAAUUUUUUUUUAUUAAAAAUAAAAAUUCGUAGACUUUUCUAGAAGUCUUCUAUGAAACUUUUUUAAAAAAUAGCUGAAAAACUAACAUAUCUGUUGAUCAAAAGACGUAUGAAGAAUUUUUCUUAUGUGAGAUCUGAAAAUUUUGAACAUAUAUCCUAUGACAGUUCGUAUUUAGCUUUUCCAAUCACCCAAAACUUCUUAAUGAAAGGUAUUGUCUCAUUUCUGAUCAAGAAUCAUCAAACUUGAGUAACUUUACUGUAAAUGUAAUCUUGAAAUCCAUAAUUUUGAAACUUAAAGAUGAAAUAAGAGAGUAUAUUCAAGAUAAAUGAUUUGUGUCUGUGAGAAAUGAGAUUAAGAUGUAUAAACGAUUUCUAGUGCAUUUAAAGCUUGAUUUUUGUUGUUAACGGUGGUAGAUGAUAGUGAAUACAAUUGCAUUUUCGUAAAUAAUUGAUGAAGAUGAGGAUAUGAGUAAAACUAACAUAUUUCGAAAAUAGAUAAGUAAUAAUAUUUUUGUGAAUAAGUUGGAUUUUUACGGUGAAUAGAGCGAAACAAAAAUUACAAAAAUCCUAGUUUUGUAUUCUACCACAAAAUUUAAGUCAUUUUUGGAAAAAGCCCUUAACUCAAAUAACAAAAAGUUAACUUAAUCUAAUCAUAAAUUAAGUAGAAUUUUAAACCACAAAUUUUUGGUUUUAUAACAUAAAACCUAAAUUAAUUAGUAACCAGAUCAAUCUAAUCAUAUUCCAUUUCAUUAGGGUAGAAUUCCGAAAACCAAUUUUCAUUUCAUUUUGGUAGAAUCUAGAAAACCAAAAGACAAAAUCUGAUCUUACUUACCCGAAGUUACAGCCUAAUGUUGUUGUACAUCAAGAAAGGGUUCCCAAAGCACAAAGGACAACAUUACGUAACAAAUUAAAUUGAAAACUCUUAAAAGCCACAGCCAAUGCUGACAUGUUAAAAAUAAUCUUGCAAGUUCAGGUGUAAAUAAAAAUAUAUGUUUUGGUACCUCAUAUGAUUUUUUUAUAACAUACAAGUUUUAAGUUUUUCAUGUUAGUUUGAUCCAGCUUUCAAGAUAUCAUAUCACUUGAUAAAUGGUAAUAUUUAUGUAAUUAGGAUACUAAAGGUUUAAGGUAUGUUAUCCGUUUCCCCGUUUAACGAUACACAUUUGAUUUCUUUGUAUUCUUUAUAUUUUAACAGAAUUCAGUUAGCAGUAUCAAAAUGGAGAAAUAGUGAGCUAACACUGACGCACGAACAGAUAUUGUGAAGAUGAUACUUACUGCUCCAAAUGAUUGAAUUCACUGUGCCUUUUCUCUCUUUUUGUCAAAUUGCAGUUUUUGUUUGUUGUGCAAUCACAACCCUAUAUUUUACAUCUUUAAUCUACAUCUAAAUUAUAUUUAUUGGUGAAAAAUCUGUAAUGAAUGCCAAACUUUUUUAGCUUUUACACGAUUAUGUAUUGUCAUAUGUUUUGCCUUUAAAAUAAGUCAUUUGUUAAAAUGAUUUAAAACUUGAAAAUAUACGAGAAGCACUUUUACAAUUAGCUUCCACUUACACGUCAAAAUUACAUAAAUUAUGGUUGUUUACUGCAGGUUAAAAACUAUGAUUUCACGAGACCAAAAUUUAUUAAAUGAUUUAGCAUCAAAUAAUGGCUGGCGUCACUGGCCAUGAAAACAUAUCCUUUCUCUGUUUUAUAAUAAGUGCCAUUUAGACACAUUUCAUGCAUAUUAAAAAAACUAACAAAAUAUACUAAUCUAUUCUUAUUUAUUAUACAACUAUUUAAAAAACAAAUAGUUUAACUAAAUAUCUAUUGGUUAUUUAAAAAAGUAAAAAUGAUUUAAUGUGAAAACUUGCAUUGGAAAUAUAGAAUACCACUUAUUUUGAAACAAAAUAUAUAGCUAAAAUGACAUUUUGAAACCGAAGGAGUAUUACAUUUUUCACAUAUUUACCGAAUAAUUUUAUCAUCCUUCAUUUUGAACAAAUUUGUGACAUAAUUAUUCAAAUAAAUUCAUAGAUUUAUUAAUAAUUUGUGAAGAGAAUGUGUAAUAUAAAAUUUAAAAUAAAAUAAAAUAGUAUGCAAUUUAUAUUACUAUAAAUACAGAAUAGUAAAACUACAUAAUAUUAUCAUAUACACAUUAUUCAAUCAUAUUCAUAUAUCACAUAAUUAUUCAAAUAAAAUAAAUAGAUUUAUUAAUAAUUUGUGAUGAGAAUUUGUAAUAUGGAUUGCAAAUAAAAUUAAACGGUGUGUAACUUUAUAUUUACUAUAAUUACAAAUAAUAGAAUUAUAUAGUAUUAUCAUAUACACCAAAACAUUAAGCAAAAUAAAGUAUACACCAAAACAUUUUGAUGUCUUAUUAAAUUAGAUUUUGUUAAAAAGAUCAACGUUUUUAAAGAACGGAUUAGAUUUUUUUUAAAAAUAUUGAUGUAUGUGAUUGGGGGCGAAUGCAUUCACAGUAUGUGGAUAACAUAAUUUUUGAUGUCACAAAUAUAAGAAUGAAAUUAAUAUGCAAAAAGAUUUACAGCAGAAUUAUCCUCGGCAUUAUACUAAAAAGAUAAGGCAUAACCUUCUCCUAGUUUUUUUUUUUUUUGAUAAAACCUUCUCCUAGUAUUUCUAAAUUAAAUAAAUUAAACAAGAUACAAUGCCAAAACUCAAAAAAGUAUAUAUUCAUAUUCGUGAUACUUUCGUUCGUUAUAAUAUACAAAGGAUGUAUAUAUAUUUUUAAUGAUGAUUAACUGAUUCUUUUGUCCUGUUACAGUGAUUGAUUCACAUGUCGUUCUAAUCAAGAACAUUCAACAAAAGACACAUGAUCCUAUUUACUUUCCUCCUAAAUUGACGAAACAGUUUUUUUUUUCCUUUUUGAAAAAACGAAACAGGUUUUUUCAUAGUACUAAUUUGUUAACUAAUAAGAUUCUAUUGACCAAUAAAAAAACAAAGUAAUACACGUUCGAAAAGCAUGUCGAGGUUAGGAUAAAAUUGCAAUAAUUAUAAUAUUUAUGGAAUUUUUUAUUAUAAAUAGUAUUUUGGUCCAAAGUGAUUGUCAAUAAAAAUCCCCUAAACAUUAUUUACCAAAUAAUUUGUACAUUUCUCAUCAUUACAAUCACUUUUAGAAAAAAGUGACAUGGUUUUGAAAAAUGUGACAUGGCAUUAAUCUAAUUAUGACAUAUAAAAUUUUCUUUAUAAACUUUUAUAUAUAUUUGGUAAGAUUUUUUAAUAUGGUAAUAAUUAACUAUUAACUUCUGUAUCAUCAUUAAUUCUAAUUUUCUAUAUAAUUAUUUAUUUUGACAAGACUAGUAUAUAUUAAGCAAAUUACUCAUAUAUCACUAUUAAAUUAAUAUAUAUUACAUUAAUAAAAAAUAAUCGUAAAUAUAGUUAAGGAUAUAAUUUUUUACAUGAACUUAUAUAUCAUAUUUUAUAAAUAUACAUUUUAUCAAAAUUAAUUGUAAAUGUGCAUCAACAAAUACAAAAUUAAAGCAAAAUUCGGUUCAUUAAAGUAAUUAACAAAUUGAAUUUUUUCAGUUUAACAUAUUUUAAUUAAAAAUAACAAAAAUUUAUUAGAUUAUAUAUAUAUUUUUAAACUAAGUGGUAAGAGAUAUAUUUAGAAUAAAUAAUAAUUAAAUAUAAUAUAAUAUAACAAAAAAAUUAUUUUAUAAAAUAAAAUUUUAACUUUAUUAAAAUUUAAAUAAAAUCAAAUUGAAGUAGUUAAACCAAAUCAAAAGAAAUAAGACUACACAAAAUUUAAAUUAUUAAAGUUAAAAUAUAAAAAUAAUUAUGUUCAAAUUUAAAUUUUUUUUAAAAAUAAAAAAAAUUACAUAAAAUUAUUGUUUUUGGGCAUGGCGCAGAAAACUCAUAGUUCAAAAGUAUUAAUACAUAAUUUUUACUAGGCACUUAUUCAAAAUCUUAACAUAUUUUCUGAUUACAUUAUAAAUACUCUCUGUUCUUUAUAUCUAUUUUGAAUAAUUCGAUAAGAUAUGUGUACAUGCUGUGCAUAUUUAAAAAAAAAUAACAUUAAAAAUAAAAAGUACCACAGCGAUUUUUGGAUCAAUUUUAGUCGAGCCAAGUGUUGCUUUGUUAAAAGCCUAAAUGAAAUCAUUCAUGUGGAUAUACCUCCUUUUCUGAGUCAUUUGAAACAGACGUAAAACUAAUUAAGAUUCCACGUUAAAAUAUUAUACAAUCAUCAAUAGAAAAUUAUAAGUUCUUUUUUUUUUGAGAGAGGCAAAUUCUAAGUUAUUAGGAGGGAUGUUUCAUACUUAUUUUUUGCAAAAUUUUGGAGGGAUGUUCCAUACUUCCAUCAAGAAAAUAAUAUCAAGCUUCAUUGUUAUUGAUCCACGGCUUUUUUUUUAUCCACAAUUUUGCAAUAUUAGUUUGAUAACCUUUUCAAGCUAAGACUAUAAUAAACAUGCAACUAUCAUGUAUAUUUACUAAAGAAAUAUACAACCUUCUCAUUUUAUAAUGAUAUAUUGUCAAUACUAAUAUAUUGACUAAUAUUGUAAGAUUUCUUUACCAUGCAACUACAAUUCUGUAUUUACUGAUACAUAGUUGUAUUUGAAAUACUAAUAAUGUAUGCAUAUAUACAUAUACUAUGUAUUUACUAAACAAAAUUGACAGGGGAACAUAUAAAGACUUUAUAUACAAUACAUGCAUUAAUAAUGAAUAGUAUCUUGGAAAUUGUCCAAACACAUGGAAUUUUUUUUUGAAAACAAAACCCAUGGAAUUGGUUCAAGUAGAAAGACAUCCCAAUCACAAAAUACCUCCAAACCAACCUUUUUCUCUAGCGGGUUGGCAGAGGAUAUUCUCUUCUCAAAAAUGAUUCAAAGAUAGUUGAUUCGUAACAAACGGUUUGUAAGAAUCCGAAUCCAGAUACAGGCAACGGAAGACUUCAUUAUAGUCUAUCGCUGCCUAAAUUGAAAGCAUAUGCUAAGACAUAUACUAAUUAAUUUAUCCAUCGUUGUUGCUCUUUUUGAGCUGUGUAAGUAAAUUCUUGUAGUGUGUAUUACUAUUUAAUAUAUAACGUAGAAUUGCACGUUGGCAAAAGUUAUAGAAAACAAAAAAGUCUUGGACAUACACGUACUUUCCUGAGAGGUGGCUAGCUAAGUAAGUAUAUAUUCUAUAGUAUAUGUAGAGAUUUUUGUUAUUGUUAACUGCGGUGUGGAUUCGUAACAUUCGAAGCCUAAAUGUGCUUAUGAGCUCGCUAAUUUAAAUUAUUAUAGCAUUGACUUUUGAUGUAAUCAUUCGUCAGCAAUUCCAAAUAGUUUUAACAUAUAUGAUAUAUAUUAAAAUAUAUUUAAAUUUUUAUAAAAAUAGUUACAUUUAUAUAUCUCUAUAUACAUGUUUUUUCUAUAUACAUGUUUUUUAUUUUGAUGGUUAUAAUAAAUUAUAUAAUAUCGCUCAUGUUUUCCUAUUGCACGAGUGGUUAACAUCUCAUCCAAAAAUACAAUGUUCUGAUCUGAAAUUUACUUGUAAAAUGCGUCAGAGGCAGAUAGAAAUUAUUCGAAGAUCGAGAGAAGCGCAUUUACAAGUAAACUAAGACCAGAACAUUGUUUUCUUCUAGUUUCAAAGGAGAAAUUAUCCUUUUUCUCUAUUUUUUCUACUUUUUCUAGUGUUGAAAAACUACUUGUGAGUUUCCAAAAAAAAAAAAGAAGAAAAACUACUUGUGAAAUUAUUAAUAAUACUGCUCUAACAGAGUAAUGAUGAUGUUUUUAGAUGCCAGAAUACAUUAGAUCUAAGAAGUCAAACGAUUUCAUCUUUUAACGAAUAGUAGAAAUCACCGAUGUAUAAAGAAAAUAAACAGUAAAUAAGGAGAGAAAUCAGACUCACUCUGGUACUAAGCAGCUACCAGAACCAGCAAGCGAAGAAGACAAUGGCCUUGAUUGGUAAUUUUGGUGAAUGGUUUAGUGACAUUGUAAACGUUAUUCCACAAAUAUUUUGCCAAUCAAUAAAAAUUGUGAAAUGAAAAAAAAGUAAAACGUAAAUUUAUAUUUUUGCUGAAAAAAAUACAAAAAGAUUUUCUUAUAUAUAAAAGUGAGUUUUAGUAGAUUAUCUACAAAAUUAACAUUUUAAUAUUAUUAAAUUAUAUGAUAAUAUCAUUCUAAAAUUUUAAAUAAACAGCAAUAAUUUAUAGUGAUAAAUAUUUAUAUUGUAAAUAAAAUUAUACUAUAAUUUGCUUUAUAAUAAUCUAAGUUGACAAUCUAUUAUUUAAAACAUAUUGAAAAAUAAACUAAAUAUUUAAAAUAAGAAGUACAUUAUUAUUAAUAAAUUUUAGUUAUUUGAUAUUUUGUAAUAAUUAGUUUAAUUAUUAAUAAUUAUUUUUAUUAUAAUAAAGUAAAUAUCAUAUAUAUAUAAAUUAUUUAAACAGUCUAUUAUUCCACAAUUCCAAAAUAUUAAAUUUUCUCCAAUUUCAUUAUUUUUGUCAUGUACCUAAAUUAUUCUAUGACUCUGUGGUUAAGCAAUGUUUAUCAAUUGGAAUCAAUGAAGUUUGCUGAAUAAAAAGAGAAUGGGGAGGAAAUAAGAGAAAGAGAGAAAUGUAUGUUUUGCUAUCUCUUGUUUUUUUUUCCGUCAAUAGUUAAUUUUAUUACUUUAUGGGCCAAACCCAGUAUUACAAAAAAGGUCUAAGGCCCACCAAACGAAAUCCUAGAGAAAAACUAAAAACGGCGCCUCCGUUCGCUCACAGCGUCCCCCCGCUUCCAGCCAUCACCGGUGAUCAACCCAACGAUCCACCGGAAAACACCGUCACUCACUGGCUUCCCAACCUCUUCGCCGCAAACGCUUCCAACCGAGAGUUCUCAAUAGUAGAGAGAGUCAAUCGGUAACCCGAGAUCUCAUCCGCCUCCUUUCGUCACUGGAACUGGGAAGAAAGCUUCGCCGACACAACCAACCCUUCAACAUCGGAUAGCUUCGAUCGUCUUCCGACGAGAACUCCUCCGACUAGACCAAACCGAAACCGCAAAAACCAAAGAUAAAAACAAACCCUAACAAACCUAGGGGACUAAACGUCGGCGGUGCAAGGCAAAGACCGCCUUCACCCCCCGGAAACUGAAGCCGGCGAAAGUGGAGCUAACGAAGCCUCCGCCUCCCGGAAACUAGACCGGCGGCGAUGGAUCUAUGAAAGCCUCCACCUCCCGGGAAACCCUAAUCUGACAAACCGACAUCACCCCACCUCACCCUGUCGCGUCGUUACUCAAGCCACCGCGCCACCGCGUGUGUCUGUUCACUCCCCGAGUUGACAACUCCGGAUGGGAACUAGACAGAGCUCCGACAAAACAAACAGAGAGAGGAGGUAAAGAAGAAGUCGGGGAACGUUUCUAACCAAAAGAAAAUGGGCUCCGGCGACGGCACGGACGCUCACGCGCCGGCCGUACGCCGGACCCAAAACCAGAUCUGCUUUUCUCUCUCUCUUUUCUCUCCAACCCAACCCCUUUUUCAAUAUUAGAAUCUGGACCUUGUUGCUAUCUCUUGUUCUCUAAUUCUCUUUUAAUAUUUUUUAUUAUUUUAAUUACUAGAUGCACGGAUCACUUAAUAUGUACAUUAGGCCUAAUGUGCAUAUCUAACUACUCUUUUAAUUUAUAUAGUUACAUAUAUGUUUCUGUCUUCCUCGGAAAAAAGAUGGGGUCUACGGCACUAGAUUGUUCAAUGUUAAGACAAAACGGAUCAUUUACUCCAAUAUUUUGGAGAAAAUAACUUUGUAGCAUGAAGCAAUUGAAAAUAAAUAAUCUAUUACUAUUACAAAUGAUUUAUUGAAGAUAACAUAUAAAAGUGAGUAAUUAUUCAAAUAUAAUUUUUAUUGAUAAGGAUAGUUUUAAUGAAAAACUAAAGUUGAUUUGUGCAUCCGCGGAGAUAGUCGUUUUUAUCUUUUCAGUUUCCUAUUUAAAAACAUUUAUCUUAUAUAAAUAGUAAUAUAUACUUUUAAAAUUUAUAUGUAUUAAAUAACUGUUUAAUAUAUUUUUAAACAAAAUCAUUUUAUUAUUUAUAAUAAAUAAUUUUAUUUUUUGAUCCGUCAACCGCUAUACCUAUAUUUUCAAAAUAUAACAUGUGUGUUUGUGCAUUGAUUAAAUAUAAUUUAUUGUUUAACUAAAUUAUAAGAAGCCUUUUUAAAUAAGUAAUAUAUAAUUUGUUGUAUUAUAUUUUAGAAAAAUGUAUUAAUUAAACUAUAAAAGAAAAGAAUACUAAAAUGUAAAUAAAUUUAUUACUUUAUUGGCAUAUGUUUGUAAAUAAUUUGAAAAAACUAAGGGGUAAUUUGUUUUUGUACUUCUAUUUUAAUAGUAUAGACGUGGUUAAUUAUAUAUAAACUUAAUGUAGAGGAUUGAAAGAAACAAUUUACAAUAGUCCGUAAAAAAAUAUUGCAAAGAGGAGAAUUUACAUCAAACUAUUGAAUCUAGCAGUUCUAGUAUAUUUUGUGAAAACAUAAUAGAAAGUGGGUGUUAAAUAAAAUAUGUGAGACACAAAUAAAUGCCUUCUGAUUCAGACCAUCAUUAUCCUCCUGUCUCUUUGGUCUUAAAAUUUAAUUAUCAUAUUAAAUCAUUUAUCAUUUGCUUUAUUAGCCUACAGAUUAUUUCUUUUGGUGUUAAAUUAUUUUGUUCCUUAUUUUCUCAAGGAAAUGUUUAUUUUUAUCUUACUUUUAGCUAUCGAUUCAUUUCCCAGCCCGUCAUGUUCGGGAAAAAAGGACCGACUUUUGUAGACAGUGUUUAUAAAAUUGGACUAGCUGGUCACCAGAAGGCUAUGGGAUCACUGGAUUAGCCCAUUAAUCUAAUUUAUUAAAAUUAUAAAUAAAAUAAUUGAUAAAUAGUAGUUUAGUGAUUUCCUUUAGAGGAGAAUUUGCUUGUAAAUCCAAAGUCGAGAAAUCAAAAUUUCUCAAACGUUAAAUAUAAACAAGUUAAAAUGGUAUUGUCUUUUUAAUCUAACAGAAAAUCCAGUAAGUGUGGGAUAAUCGACAGCUAUAUUUACCCUUUUAAGUUGACAAAAAAAAAAUAUUUACCCUUUUAAGGUCAGUGAUGUGUUAAAAAAUCCAGACCACCCCAAACUAUAUAAAAAACUUGUAUGUUUUGUGGAAGUAAAAUGUUAAGUUUUGUAUCCAAUUUUUAUUUUGAAAAUAUUACUAAAGGUGGCUAAAUAUCUAUAAAUUUUUGUUUGAUUCAUUAUCCAUUUUCAUUUGAACCGAAAAUUCAGAUUUUCGUAACUCUACAAAGCAAAGAAAAUACUACUAUGCAAUAUUAAUAAAAAUGAUCAAAUCAUAAAUACUAAUAUUUUAUGAACAAAUAUCCAGUAUGAUUCGUUAGAUGCAUAGAUGCAUAUAUUUACAUAAUUAUAUAUGCUAUAAUCAUUAUAUUUUAUGUUAGUUUUACAGUAUUUUUACUUAUUAAAUUAAUUAUUUAGUUACUAGAGUUUAAAAAGUAAAUAACUUUUUUUCUGUAAUAAAAUAUUAUUAUUUUAUAUUAUCUUUUGAUUUUUUAUUUUAUUUAUACAGAUCGAAUCAAAUAUCUAGUUAAAAACCGGAUAUCGGAACACCGAAUAUUCAGGUAGCUACGCAGCGAAUCAGAUCAAACAAUUGAUUAUUCAAAUGAAAUGGAUUGGAUCACAAAUACCUCCAUAAACUUGGAUAUUUGAUUCUUGUCCACCCUAAUAAUUACAAUAACUAGCAGAGAUGGUGAAGAAAUAUAAACAUCAAACUUGCAAUGCACAAGAACAAGAAAAUAUAACUGGAAGAUAUUACCCCGAUCAAAAAUUAGGUUGCUAACGAAACGAUGAAGGACCUAAAACACAUGAUACAACAUAAUAGUCGAGCCUUUUGCAACAAAUAAGCCGAAAGAUAAGGCACCCUCAAACUCCAUAAGCAUGGUGCCCACAGCUUUCAAGAAUUCUAACUGCUUCAUACUGGUUAAGAAUCCAAGCACAGACCCACAAAGUAACCGGGAAUAGAAGAAACCAGCAGUGUGAGGAAAAAUCUAUAAUCAAGGAUGCCGUCAUUUGGGAGAAGAAGCUCAAGGUUACAACCUCAAACUCUAUCAAAUGUGACCCUAUACACCCAUUUAACCGAAAGAUCCAUGUAGAGAAGACCAGAAGCAAAAAAAAAUCCUCUAGAGAAACCAAAUACCAAGCUACAUAUAAGGCUGAUGUCUAACUAACGCACACAAACUACACAACAUAAACCAUAACUUCACUGAUACACUAAGAUUGAUGGAGCUUUUAUUGGGAGGAGAUCCAGACCGCCAGCACAGUCAUUGAACCUGGAGGAAAAAGACACAAACGACAAACACCAUGGCCGAACACACAAACACAGCAGAAGCAAACCUUAUCGAAAAUUGUGUCACCGUAGACAACAACAAGCAGCGUCAGCGACUAAACCUCCACAGCCUCCAUGCGCCACCACCAAAGGGACCCAGUGCAGAGAAGUGAAAUCAGAGAUCCAACAAGAAACUACUGAUCACAUGCCCAACGAAAAACUCACCUUACCCCCAGCCAAACCACACCGGAAGCAGAGACAGUCCUAGAAGAGACUCUUUGUUGCCUUUCGUGCCAUCACACUCAGAGAGGACCACCACAUGCUCGGAAGACAACUGAGAUACCGAUUAAAGUAGAAGGCGAAUCUAAAGAGAGAGAUGUUGUCCUCUAGUACCGCCAAUCCACCGAUAAGGCUGUCAAAUCUGACGAGGAGAAUACCGUAAAUAAUUUGUAGAAAACCCAUAUACCACGAGACGAAGAGACAGAGAUCUGAGAUGAAGAGAGACCACAUCCUCUGAUGAUAACGAGAGGACAGUGGCUGCCGGAAGAAACAAAGACGAUGCACUGAAACACUCUAAGAAAAAAUGAAAGUUGGGAAAAAAGAAAAAAAAAAGAAAAAUAUGUAGAAUUAAAAGAUAUAUAAAAAUACUAUUUCGAAAACACAACUUGUAUCAUGUUAAACAAAUUCAUUAGAUAUGGACACAAGCUGGAUAUUUGAAUUUUCUCCUUUUUUCGCCACUUGACUUGCCUCGUAUAUGACAAUGUUUCAAACAAUAAGAUAUAAAUUUCAAACGAUAAGAUAUAAAUGAACUUUUUUAGUUUAACAAACACAAGAACACGUCCAAAUAAAUCGUGUAGUUAAUUUUUUUGUAAGAGUUCGUAUUUGACUUACUUGCAAGUUUCAAUUUAAAAGACUUGCUACUUGUCUCGACUGUAUAUUGUUGGCUUUAGCAAAUAACGGGUAAGAGACGAGUGUCAACUGUCAAGUAUUUAGUCCAACCCAAAAACUCAUAUCUUAAUAUAAUCAUGGACUAUUCUAAAACAAAGGUAUUUUAAAAUCUAAUACUAACAUUAUAAUUUAACAGUUUCAACCACUCUAAAUUGUAAAACUAAAAAGCACAGUAAAUCCAUAAAAUUAUAUUCAGAUUGAAUAUUAAUUUUAGCUAAUAAAUUGCUAAAACUAGUCAACUACGAAACAAAUUUAACUAUAUACCUUCGAAUAAAACUUAAUUUAAUGAAACUAUAGCGUACAACUAAAUUUCAAAAUUUAUCAAACAGAUAAAUUAAUCAUGGUAUCAAAUAAAGGGAAAGAGGAAAACACGUUAUUGUUGUUGAAUUUCAGACAUUCAAACAAAAGUAAAUAACUGAAGAUUUGAUUCGCCGCAUAGGGGUGAUAUCGUGAAUUUAUGCAAGGUUUUCGGAUCUAAAAAAUAAAACAUCUCGUUUUAAAUAUAUAAUAACACUUCCAAUGUAUUUUGUUAAUUUAUUAAAAAAUAUUAAAAAAAACUCUAAAAAAACAGAAAUGAGUUUUGCUCCAAUAUAUUUUUCUAAAAUAUCAAUUUUCAUAUAUAUAAUAAAAAAUAUAUAAAUACUAUUUCUUUAUUUAUAAAUAGAGGGAGAAAAAAACAAUCUCUACUUUAGAAAAAAAUAGAGAUGAAUUAGAAUCAUUUUGUCUUUAAAUGCUAUUAUAAAGAUAAAAUAGAAGUGAGUUAGAGAUGCUAUAACAAGUCCAAAUUCUCAUGUUGAUUGCGGUUUUAUUUGUUUGACCAGCCGAUUCUGAUUUUUAAAAAAAUUAAGAAAAAUAGUUUCCGAAAAAUCAAAUUUUUUAUUAUGGUUCAGGAAUUCUAUAAUUUAAAUUAAAAAUUGUUAAAUAAUACUCCAUAUUCCUAAAAGAUGUAUGAUGUGUGUUUACACAUAUUACUAAAACAGAAUAAAUUUUGAUAAUAAAUCUAUUAUUUUUUGUAUUUACCAAUUUCUCAUAUUUCUAAACCAAUAAUAUUUUAAAAGUUUUAGGGAAUUUGAUAUAACUAGGGUAAAUAAGUUUUGUGGGUGUCUGUAGUGUGACUUUGAGUUUUAGUUUGUACGUUAAAUUUAGAUUUAUCUUUCAAUGAUAUAUGGACUUUCUGUGAUUGGAAGGACGCCUAUAUAUAUAUAUUUAGAAAACAUUGAAGGAAAAUACAAUGAAGGCAAGAUUCCGAAAACAUAGGGUAUAUAUAUAUAUAUAUAUAUAUAUAUAUAUAUAUAUAUAUAUAUAUUUACAACAAAAGGCUAUACGAAAUUAGGCAGAUUCCGAGAACUGCAUGUCAGUUUAUCAGCCAGUUUGUUUUGUGCUUUUGAGAUAUGUUGGAUAGUAAAAGUCUAAAACAAUUCUUUACAUUGCAAAAGUUCCUCCAUAUGUGUAGUAAACGUCGAUCAUUCUAAAUAUAUCAGGCAGAAGGUACAAGGCAUCAGUAGUGAAAUAUAAUUCAUUAUCCGAAAAUCUUUUUAGCAGACAAUAGUUUGAAAUAUAUAUUUCUUAUCCGCAAAAUAUUUACCAUUUUUAUUAAUUACUAGUACAGAGAAUAGAAUAUGUAUUGUGCACAUUAUGACCACUUUCAAUGCCAUCCAUUCGAAUGGUUGCUCAAAAACGUACUUAGAAACCGCGUGCAUAAAGCUUUAUGGCAUCCUGUGCGUUGUAGUAAUGUCUUGCCUAAAAUAUAUAAAAUAAUGAACAACAAGAAAAUACAAGACAAAUAUUAAAAUCAUACUACGAAAAUGGCAUCUAAAACUCAAAUUUUUGUUCCUCAGUGAACAUAUUUGAAUUCGCAUAAUAUUUGUUUAUUACUAGAAUGCGAAACUAGGCCUAUGCGAAACUAUAUUCUUUGAUAUCAAACAAAAUAUGGAAAGUUUCUGUGGUUAUGCAAAAUAUAGUCAGUUAACUAUGUGUUAAAGCUUAACAUUUUACCAAAAAAAAAAACUAUGUGUUAAAGCAUAUAUAUAUAUUUUGUUUUUGUUUGCAAUAGAACGUUGAACGCUUUUAAAAUAUUACAAAUUGAAGUUUAUUAUAAAAUUUGAUGAACCUGCUAUAGAUUGCAUUUUUUUUUUUUUGCACACUUCGGUUUCUUGAAUUACAUUUCAAAUUAAUGCUAGGACAUUGCCGCCACUUAAGAAUUUGCAAUAUGCAAAAAGAACACUGUAAACAUUAUUUCUACAUGCAUAUGCAUUGUAAUUUUGUAUUUCUGGAAGUGGAUUAUAAAGAACAUCAAUCCAUGUUCUGAUUGGCAAAAACUUACAUUACUUUACUGCUAUAGCAUGGUUUUGACAUCCGCAAUUGUAAUAUGUAACAAUGAAAAUCAAAAUUUGAUUGGUUGUUGGUGUUCUUCUUUUUACGAUUCUUUAAGAUUGAUAUGUUUUCAAAAUCUCAUUACCAUUCGAAAAAAACAUGGUGGAAAUCGAGCUGGUCCUAUCUGAGUUCACCUUUUGUGUCUCUCGGCUCCUAACUUAUUUUUGGUCCAUUACAAACUACUUACUAUUUCAGGUUAUCCAAUGAACAAUACCCAAAUUACCCUUAACCGUUCAUCUAGUUCGUUACAAGCUUCACUCAUAGUCAUAGAUGAAACAUUUGUAGUUGUGGACAGUGAUACAAGAAGCUCCGGCGACCAGAAAAGUAUUGGUGAAUAUAUUCCGGCGAGAACAUAGGUCCCCACGUGACACUAGAUUUACCUCCCUAAAAGCACAAGUUGAAGAAGCAUAGGAUAAAAAAAUUAGAACAUGUGAUUUGGUUUUAGGAAGGAUAUUUGAGAAUGUGCUUUGUGAGGCAUCAUCAGUAGGAGCAAGCAAGCCUAGUCAAAUAUAUUCCUCUCUUUCUCUGCCUUUUCUUUUGUCCACUAUAAAACAAACCUCAUCGUCCUCUCUUGCCCUACACUCAACAAAACAAACACACUCUCUUCUUCUCAAAUUUAAGACUUAAGAGAGAAAAGAUAUGGUGAAGUUCACUAAGCAGUUUGAGGGGCAGCUUGUGCCUGAAUGGAAAGACGCCUUUGUCGAUUACUCUCAGCUCAAGAAAGACCUCAAGAAAAUCCAUUUGCUAACCAAUGGAGUUGAGAACAAACACACAGAAACUUCUCUCAUCAAAACGAUCAAGUCUUCUUUAGGAAACAUUUCCCUUUUCGGUAACAAGGAACGGGAACACUCUAGAGCCAUCAAAGUUCAUAGAAAGCUUGCUUCUUCAGGAAGUAACAGUGACGUGUAUGAGACGGAACUUCUGGAGAAGGUUGCUGAUGAUACCCAUGCUGCGAAAGAGUUCUUCACGUGUCUGGACACACAGCUUAACAAAGUGAAUCAGUUCUACAAGACCAAGGAGAAAGAGUUCUUGGAGAGAGGAGAGUGCUUGAAGAAGCAAAUGGAGAUACUCAUUGAGCUAAAAGAUGCUUUUAAACAAAAGCAAGCCAAUGGAGAGUCUAGUCAAGAAUCAAAAGAAGAUGACUCCAUAUCAUGCACCAUCCUAUGUGAGGAAGACUCUAUCAGGAGCAGAUCAGAGCAAACAGAGCUUCAAGAAUCUUGCUUAGAGGAUUUGGAAAACAAUGGGACAGAAGCAUUGGAGUCUUCUAGAUCAGAAGAACAAAUCAAAAUCAACAACGAGAACUCGAAGUUGAGGACGGUUUCUGGUCGAGUUUUCAGCUGCCAGGGGAAGAAUCUCACGAUAAAGAUUCCACUGACAAACCCUUCUCGUACAUUCUCAGCUAUAAGUUACAUGAUCAAAGAAGAUUUGAUAAACCAAUCAUCGUCGAAGAAAAGUGGUCCAGAUGGAGUAAACAAGCUAAGAAUCAGCAAGAAAAAACUAAGUCACGCCGAGAAGAUGAUCAAAGGUGCUUUAACAGAACUCUACAAAGGGUUGAAUUAUCUCAAAACUUACAGAAACUUGAACAUGUUAGCCUUCAUGAACAUUCUCAAAAAAUUCGAUAAGGUUACUGGAAAACAAAUCCUUCCAAUAUAUCUCAAAGUGGUUGAAAGUUCUUACUUCAACAGUUCAGACAAGGUAAUAAAUCUAUCAGACGAAGUUGAAGAGUGGUUCAUCAAGCACUUCGCAGGAGAAAAUCGCAGAAAGGCAAUGAAAUAUCUGAAACCGCACCACCGUAAAGAGUCUCACUCUGUCACCUUCUUCAUUGGUCUAUUCACUGGUUGCUUUGUUGCUCUUCUUGCUGGCUACAUCAUUGUGGCUCAUUUGACUGGAAUGUAUAGAAAAUACCCUGAGAACACUUUCUACAUGGAAACUGCAUAUCCUGUACUAAGCAUGUUUGGGCUCUUGUUUCUACAUUUAUUCUUAUAUGGUUGCAACAUAUUUAUGUGGCGAAAAGCAAGGAUAAACUAUAGUUUCAUAUUCGAACUUGAGUCCGAAAAUGAGCUCAAGUUCAGAGAUGUGUUCUUGAUAUGUACCGCUUCAAUGUCUGUGAUAACCGGUGUCAUGUUUGCUCAUCUCUCGCUUCUCGCAAAAGGUUACUCCUUUGGACAAGUUCAAGUGAUCCCUGGACUUUUAUUACUGGUCUUCUUCUUAAUACUUAUUUGUCCCAUAAACAUUUUCUACAAAUCAAGUCGUUACCGGCUUAUAUCAGUCAUCAGAAACAUUGUCUUCUCACCUCUUUACAAAGUCUUGAUGCUCGAUUUCUUCAUGGCUGAUCAACUUUGCAGCCAGGUACCGAUGCUAAGGAACCUUGAAUACAUAGCCUGCUACUAUAUGACAGGUAGCUACGCAACACAGGACUAUGGAUAUUGUAUGAGAGUCAAGUACUACAGAGAUCUCGCCUAUGCAGUUUCCUUCCUCCCAUACUACUGGAGAGCAAUGCAGUGUGCAAGGAGGUGGUUUGAUGAAGGCGAAACGAGCCACCUAGUGAACCUAGGGAAGUACGUGUCAGCGAUGUUAGCUGCUGGAACCAAAGUGGCUUAUGAGAAAGAGAGGAGCAUUGGUUGGCUCUGCCUUGUGGUGGCUAUGUCAAGCAUAGCCACAAUUUACCAAUUGUAUUGGGACUUUGUAAAAGAUUGGGGUUUACUUCAACGCAAUUCCAACAACCGUUGGCUUAGGAACCAACUCAUGCUUCGCCAAAAAUAUAUUUACUACUUCUCCAUGGUUCUAAAUCUUGUUCUGAGGUUGGCAUGGCUACAAACAGUUUUGCACUCAAGUUUUGAGCAUGUGGAUUACAGAGUUACAGGAUUAUUCUUGGCUGCUCUUGAAGUUAUUAGGAGAGGACAUUGGAACUUUUACAGAUUGGAGAAUGAGCACCUAAAUAACGCAGGGAAGUUCCGAGCUGUGAAGACAGUACCACUUCCUUUCAGAGAAGUUGAUGAAGAAGACUGACCUGAUGGAAUAGGUUAUCAUUAAUAUUAUUAGCUUUGUCAGAGAUUUGGAAGAACACGAGAAGAAAAAGGAACAGAAGGAUCUGUUAUUUUCUUGAUCAACCAUGUAUUUGUGAUCUGAUCAGGAAUCUUUUGAAUUACUGUUAUUAUUAUUCUUGUCCGAAAAUUGAUGUAACUAUGAAGAAUCUUAUUUCUCCCUUCUUUCCUCAUGGUUCUUCAUAAAAAAAAAAGGAGAAAUACGAAAGAGUUUGUCUUAUUUUCUUGAGAAUUGCCAGUUAAAUUAUUUUGUAACUUCAAGGUUGUAGUGUUAAUAUUUAAGAUAGCCAAUGCAAAUCUAAAUUGGCGAGACAAAUAUGUGCUGAAAAUUAGAACAUACCUUUUAAAAACUAAUAUUACUUUAAUUUCAUGUUUCUAACUGUAAGGACAUAAAAGUAUGGGAAAUUGGAGUCUUUAUACAUAAGAAAAGGAAAAAUUAACUCCAUACCCAUAACAUCACUUUGGCUACUAUAUGUUAUAUAUUGUUGUGUAAAGUGCCAAAAAUAACCUUUUCUGCGCGUGUAAACAUCAACGAGUAUUAUUAUCUUGCAAAUUGAAAAAUUGUUUCUACUUUACAAACUCUUGCAUACAGCGAAGAAGGGAGAUUUGAAGAGUGUGCGUGCUUUCGGUCGUGCGGUAUAAGUAGGAUAUUGAGAGUUAGGGUUUCAGUGGUUUUUUUCAAUUUUACGGCGGCACAAUUGAGUUUCCAAACCCAACAAAUCAAGGUAAGUUUGAUUUGAUUUCAUAGCAUUUGGGUAUAUAGUCUAAGUUUCAAGCUGAUCUCGUCUUGUAUCUGUGGGUGAUUAUAUAUAUCAGGUGUCUGGUUUGUUGGGUUGGAGAUAGUGAAAACAGACGAUGGAUUGAAUUGGGGAAGAUGAACAGUAACGUUGUGCAAUGUACUCUAUUCUAUUUUAUAAUUACAGUAUAGUAUGUUACAAUUCUUCUCCUCCUCUUCGGUAAAGUGUAUCUCCUUUGCCUUAUGAUUCUUCUCCUUCACUACUCCAUCAGCUUUGUUGUCUUAUCCUUCAGUAUUGUCGCUAAUAUAUAGCUUUCACCUUAUUUAUAUA